AUGAAUUUUAAUUCUUCUAAGUAUAUUUCCCCUUUUUCAGAAUCACUUUUACCACCAAACGAUCAAUCACCUGAUUGGAACAACAAAGCUGACAAUGCAUGGCAACUAACAGCAGCAACAUUAGUGGGCCUUCAAACUGUUCCUGGGCUUAUAAUACUUUAUGGCAGCAUGGUUAAGAAAAAAUGGGCCGUAAAUUCAGCUUUCAUGGGCCUAUAUGCAUUUUCAGCUGUGUUAGUUUGUUGGGUUUUAUGGGCCCAUCAAAUGGCAUUUGGAAACAAGCUUUUGCCUUUUGUUGGAAAGCCCAAUUUUGCUAUGAGUCAAAAGUUUCUACUUUCAAAGGCAUCAACACAAUAUUAUUUACCAAUGGCUGAUUUUGUUUUCUAUCAAUUUGCUUUUGCUGCAAUUACUCUUGUGUUGCUUGCAGGAUCUUUGCUUGGGAGAAUAAAUUUUUUUGCAUGGAUGUUGUUUGUUCCUAUGUGGCUUACAUUUUCUUAUACCAUUGGUGCUUUCACUAUAUGGGGGAAUGGAUUUCUUGAAGGGAAAAUAAUUGAUUAUGCUGGUGGAUUUGUAAUUCAUUUAUCCUCUGGUGUUGCUGGUUUUACAGCUGCUUAUUGGGUUGGUCCAAGAACUUCAGAUGAUAGGAAAAAUUUCCCACCAAAUAACAUAAUUCACAUGCUUGGAGGUGCAGGGUUCUUAUGGAUGGGAUGGACAGGGUUUAAUGGUGGAGCACCAUUUCAAGUGGGAGAGAUUACAUCCAUAGCAAUCUUCAAUACUCAUUUGUGCACUGCCACAAGCAUUCUUGUUUGGAUUUCUCUAGAUAUGAUUGUAUACAAGAAGGGCUCAUUGAUAGGUUCUGUCCAAGGAAUGAUGACUGGCCUUGUUUGCAUUACACCAGGUGCAGGAUUGGUGGAUCCAUGGGCAGCAAUAUUGAUGGGAGCUUUGUCUGGUUCAAUUCCAUGGUACACAAUGAUGGUGUUGCACAAAAGAGUACCAUUUUUUCAAAAUGUAGAUGAUACAUUAGGAGUUUUUCACACUCAUGCCGUGGCUGGUUUUCUUGGAGGAAUCCUUUCUGGUGUCUUUGCCAAGCCCAAACUUUUAAGGAUGCUUUAUGGGCCUAUAACUUCUUAUGGGCCUGGCUUAUUUUAUAGCUAUUUUGAUGAGAAUAUGGGCCUAGGAAUUAGGCAAAUAUUGUACCAAUUACUAGGAGCAAUUUUUAUUACUAUUUGGAAUGUUGUUAUUACUAGCCUCAUUUGUAUCAUUCUAAGUCACAUUGUGGACCUUAGAAUGAAAGAAGAAGACCUUGAAGUUGGUGAUGAUGCUAUUCAUGGAGAAGAAGCUUAUGUAUUAUGGGGUGAUGGAGAAAGCAUGAUACUCCCACUUCGUCUACAUAAAAGUACUUCGACAAUUCUUUCCAUUUCUCACCAAAGACAUUCAAUUCCUAUCAAUAAAAUUGAUGAAUAAUGUUUUUUAAUAUUGGAAUUUGAUUUGUGAGUACAAUGUCAUACAUUUGGUGGAAAUGUGUAUUUUCAUCGACAUAUAAGCGAAAGAAGACUUAUACAAUCAAAACUUAAGGGUUUUAGAUUAAGGCAUCAUUGUCCAUCCAACUUG